UCUACAGUGACCUGUUGUAGUCUACAGUGACCUGUUGUAGUCUACAGUGACCUGCUUCAAGACCUGUGUCAGCCACUGGUUGAGUACAUUCCACCUUAAUUCCUGUCAGCCACUGGUUGAGUACAUUCCACCUUAAUUCUUGUGUCAGCCACUGGUUGAGUACAUUCUGUCUCAAUUCCUGUGUCAAUUGCUGGUUGAGUACAUUCCAUCUCAAUUCCUGUGUCAUCGCUGGUUGAGUACAUUCUGCCACACUUCCUCAUACCUGACUUGACCUGACCAAGGAGGUCAAGUCAUUGCUUCUAAUUUAUCCUUCACUCUGAGGUGAGCUUUCCAUCAGAAGACUUGUACCUACAGUGCCAACACCUGGUGCCAUAAAGCUCAUGUAAGUAGCUGGAGUACUCCAUGCAUAAAGUACACCACAGUCUCAGAAAUAUUACAAGAAGCAUCACAGCUCACUACUGCUACGAGCUCAGCUUGAGUACUUUCUGGGUGUAAAUGAAGCACACCCACUGAAACAUUGCCCACAGCAACAUUAUCAGACAAUGCAGAGAAAUUUGAUACUCUGAAGCACUGAAUGUCUAUCAUCAACAUUUACCACAUAGAAAAUCAAGAUUUGAAAAGUGUUUAUUCUGUAUGAAAUGAAAACUGGUGUUAAUUUUAUGUGAUUGCUGUGUCAGGUGAUUUUUAGAAAUGUAAUUUUAUUUGAUGUACAUUGUGUGACUAAGGACUCAGUUUGUAAGUUGUUCAAUAUUGUGAGUCCAGCUUUCCCAGAGUCUACAGAACAGUGCUGCAGCAAUUUUCACUUUUAGUCUUAUUUCCAGUAUCAGGUUACUCUUCUUAGUUCACUAUUAAUGUAAUUAAUAUUGUCUUCUCUCUGAAAUUUAAAAAGAAAACUCUUCCUAUACGUUUUUUUUUGUUUUUUUAGCGUUAUUUUCAAGUAUGUGGAUUGAAAUUUUGUAACAUUUUUCUCCAUUGUGUCUUGAUAUUUUUGAAAGCUCAAGUAUUUAAUGAAAACUGACUUUUAUCACGUUAUUAAUAAUUAUAUUUAGUAAUAUUUGAGAAAAAUGUAACAAAUUUGAUUAUUGCAUUAUUAAUGAACUGCUGCAUUUUUACUAAAUUUAUAAAGUUAUUUAUGUUGUGUUUGAAUGAUAGAUGUGAAAUAUAAUUUUAGAUUAUGUACCAGCAUGCUCAUUAGCAGUAUAGCUUGUGUUUACAUCUUUCUUCUUUCAACAAACCAGCAGUUUCCCACCUAGGCACGGUGGCCCAAAAAGAAAAACAAAAGUUUCUUUAACUUUAGUAACGGAUACAGGAGAAGGGGUCAUUUAUGUAUAUAUAAGGUAAUAAAGAAAUUACAUAAAAGGUGCAGAUUGGUAAUGGUACCAAUUCCAUUGAAUCAAAUUUUGGAGAAGGUCAUCUUAUAUAGCACAAGGAGACUUGGUACACAACCACUUAUGAGUUUUCUUUCUUGAAAUGCUAACUAUUAUCUUUUCCUUAAUAACUGAUGACUCUUCAGAAAACAUAAAAUAUUUAUCAGUGCCCAGUGUCCUUUGAGAAAAAAAAACUUGUGAGGAAUAUUUAGAAAAAAAUAAUGUUAGUAUUGGUAAUGUUCUUUCAGUAAUAUAUCUGUAAUUUACCUUGUGAAACCUGAGUAGGGAAAGAAAAAUAUAUAGAAAUACACAGUCAUUUCAUCUAAAGUCAGUGUUAUUAAUGUUCAAAUUUUUGGUUAAUGGGAUUUUUUUGUGAAAAAAUAAGAGAAGAUAAUGGUACAGAGUGUUCAUAGUGCCUAAAAGAACCUCAGACAUUUUCUUUGAUAAGAUAUGCAGUUUAAUACAGGUGGGGAUUUGCUUCAUAUGGUCAGUAUUUGUAAAAGAUUUAAAUUAAAUUAAAAUUUGCACUAUUAACACACAAGUUCUUGUAGGAGAGAAACUAUGUCGGUGAUCAGUAUGUCUUCAAGUGAUAACAAAACCUGCAUUCUGCCUUCGAGUGAUUCUAAUAGCUGCAUUCUGCCUUCGAGUGAUUCUAAUAGCUGCAUUCUACCUUUAAGCGAUUCUAAUGUUUGUAGUUUAUUAUCAAGUGAUUCUAAUAUAUUCACUCUUAACACAGAUGAGAGUUCAUUUAAGACAGAAGCCAUGUCAGUGAUCAGUAUGUCGUCAAGCAAUAAAAAAAAGGUCACAUCCAGCAAGAAAAACUUAAGUUCUUUCAGGAAAAAACCACAUCGUUGUUCGGAAUGUUCGAAAGAGUUUAAAGUAAAAAGAGCACUUGAACAGCAUAUGAGAAUUCAUACAGGAGAGAAGCCAUAUCAAUGUUCAGAGUGUAAAAGAGGCUUUUCAAUCAAAUCAUCCCUGGUAAAGCAUAUUAGAGUUCAUACUGGAGAGAAACCCUAUCAGUGUAAAGAGUGUUUAAAAGACUUUGCACAAAAUUCAGCUCUGUCACAACAUAUGAAAGUUCACACAAAAGAGAGACCAUAUCAGUGUUCAGUGUGUCUUAAACAUUACUCAGCCAAAUCAUCCCUAAUGAAGCACAUGAGAAUACAUACAGGAGAAAAACCUUAUCAGUGUACUGAGUGUUUGAAAGAAUUUAAAGUCAAAUCAUCUCUAAUGCAACAUAUGAAGGUUCACACAGGAGAGAAACCACACAAGUGUUCAGAGUGUCAUAAAAGAUUUUCAGAAAAAUCAUCUCUAGUUAAACAUUUAAGAAUUCACACAGGAGAGAAACCUUUUCAGUGCUCAGAGUGCUUAAAGAAUUUUGCCAUAAAAUCAAACCUGGUGAAACACAUGAGUGUUCAUACAGAAGAGGAUUCGUAUCAGUGUUCUUUGUGUCAAGAAGAGUUUAUAACAAAGUCUGCGCUAGUAACACACACCCGAGCUCAUGCAGGAAAGAAGCCAAGUCAGUGUUCUGUAUGUUCAAAAGAAUUUUCACAAAAUUCUGCUCUAAUACAGCACAUGAGAAUUCACACCGGAGAGAAACCAUACGAUUGUUCAGUGUGCCAAAAACAGUUUUCAGUAAAAUCAAAUCUUGCAAAGCACAUGAGGAUACACACAGGUGACAGACCAUUCCGCUGUUCUGUGUGUCUGAAAGACUUCAAUCAAAAGUCUCAGUUAGUACAACAUUUGGGAGCUCAUUCAGGUGGGAAAUCACAUAAAUGUUCAGUGUGUUUACAAGAGUUCUUAUAUAAAUCUACUCUUGCAACACACAUGAAAAUUCAUAAGGAUGAUUAACUGUGUUGUUACAAAUGUCUUCAGGAUUUCUCAGAAAAUUUGUAGUAUUAAUAACAAGAGUUUAUAGGAAGAAAAGUUUUAUCAAUGUUCACAGUAAAAUAAUUUUAAAAUGUUCAGUUUUAGUACAACAUAUGAAAGGUGUAUAUAAAAUCCAUAAUGAUGUUCUUUGUCUAAAAGACAUAAAUCUAACAAUCUUAUAUAGUAUUAAAAUUUAAAAUUUC